AUAAAGGUUUAGGUGUGUCUCGUUAACAGUAUAGUGUCUCUUUAUCUACAGCCAAUUUGAGUUCAUGAACUACUCAACACGGUUGUUGCAUAAUACAAUAAUAGUUAUGAUGGGUAUUGAACCUGAAAUGGACAGUCAAUGGAUAACGCUUUCUGGUGGAGAUAAGUAAUUACAGUCAGACUUAAUUAGUAGCUGUACUUUUAUACAUAAUGCAGUACACACUGUAAUACACAUGGUGUUUUAGUUUGCAUACAGAAUGUCCAUCUUAAAACAGCCAUUGCUUCAUGUGCCUUCGUGUCGUGCACUUCAUAUGAUCAGCUAGAGCCACUUUGACUGUGCAAAUACAAUAAUCAUAAAGGAUUAAUUAUACGAGACAUAUUUUCCUCUCACAGAUAGUGUGCACCUUGAACAGUGACUCAUACUGGCAUGCCCAUUUAGAAAAUAUAAAAGUUAAAAAGCAUUGCAGUACAAAAGACACAUUUAGUUUUUGCUUUUUUAAAACGGUUGCAGGAUAUAAGCAAAUAAAACAUUAUCGACGCUUAGGGUGAUACACUGUCAAUACGAUGUGGUGCAGUGGGUUUGCAUACUGUUUAGAUAGCAGGUGUAACAUGUGUGGCUGUUAAUGUGUCGUUAGAACCUGAAAGAACUAGUAACUGAAAUGUCACAUAUAACUUAGGAGAAAAAAACAUGCAAAUGAAACGAUUACGAUCUGAUACAACCGGAUCUCUCCUAUGUGUUAUAAACAUUUAAACACUUUAACAGACCUGGAACAUUUGAGUGUAGCCCGAGCCCAGUGAUCUGCUGUUCAAAGGCUUGCACUGUCCCCUAGCUCCUCCCUCCCUGUACCGUGUGACAACAACAACUCAUCCACAGAGCGGAGCUGCACUUUUCAGCUCAUUUUCCUCCUGUCAUUCCUCCUCCUAUCUUUGAUCAUUGUCCCGCCGCUCAGCCCCCCCCCCCCAAAAAAAAGCCUCACUCAGAACGCCUUUUUUUCGGCAGCUCUUUUUACUUCCCAACUUAUCUGAGGGGCUAAACUCUCGUGGAUUCUUUCAUUUAGGGGUGUCUCGGCAGGGCUGGGUUUUAUACUUUGAACUUCGGCUACUCUCUUCCCCUCCUGUAGGUGACCAUGGCCGUACCGGCUGCUCUGAUCCCACCAACUCCUCUGGUCCAACUGCCGCAUAUUUCGACUCCCUCCGCGACGACGUCCCCGCCGUCGACAACUUCAUCACCAUCUCCAUCCCUAUCCCUGGCUCCCCCAUCCGGACCCGGACAGAACCUAUUCAGAUCAGAGCUCCUCGUCACCGGCAGCCCGGGCAUCCCCUCCGCGGGUCUACCCCCUGGCAAACCCGUAUACUCGACCCCGUCGCCUGUUGAAAACAUACCGCAAAACAAUGAGUGCAAGAUGGUCGAGUUGCGCGGUGCCAAAGUGGCGUCUUUCACCGUGGACGGCUGCGAGCUCAUCUGCCUUCCUCAGGCUUUCGACCUGUUCCUGAAGCACCUGGUCGGCGGACUGCACACGGUCUACACCAAGCUGAAGCGGCUGGAGAUCACGCCGGUGGUGUGCAAUGUGGAGCAGGUCCGCAUCCUCCGAGGGCUCGGCGCCAUCCAACCCGGGGUGAACCGCUGUAAACUCAUCUCCAGAAAAGACUUCGAGACUCUGUACAACGACUGCACCAAUGCGAGCUCCAGACCCGGACGGCCUCCGAAGAGGUCCCAGAGUAUGACAUCGUUGGAGAACCCCCACCUCAUGCCCCACUCAGUCCCCGGCCUCAUGUCCCCUGGCAUGAUCCCACCCACAGGUCUGACAGCAGCGGCGGCAGCAGCUGCCAACGCAGCCAUCGCAGAGGCCAUGAAGGUCAAGAAGAUCAAGCUGGAGGCGAUGAGCGGCUACCACGGCAACGCCAACCACCAUGGGGUCGACAUGGAGAAUGGAGACCUCAGCUCCAGCGUCGGCCUGGAACUCCCCUUCAUGAUGAUGCCACACCCCCUGAUCCCCGUCAGCCUGCCCCCAGCCUCUGUCACCAUGGCGAUGAGCCAGAUGAACCACCUCAGCACCAUCGCCAACAUGGCCGCCGCAGCACAGGGCCAGGGCCUGCCCUCCAGAAUGGUCACAUCUGUAAUAAAGGCGCUGCUGGGGUUCCAGGAACGGGUGCCGGACAGUCCCUCCCCUGCUCCUUCCUUAGAAGACCACAGGAGGCCCGGCAGUCACCCUUCGUCUCACCGCAGCAGCAGCGUGUCCAGCUCCCCGGCCCACACGGAAAGCUCCUCAGACAGGAUACGUACGUUUGUCACACAGCUAAAUGCGAUACACCACAAUGGCCUGUCCAUGAACCACGCCCUGUUAGGCCUGUCUCCCAACUUCCCGCCUGGGCCUAGAGAGGGAGACCUGGCCCACGACAUGAGCCAUGAAGCAAAGAGGAUGCACACCGACAAAGAGGACAACUCCAUGUGCACCCCAACAGCACGAGAUACCUACGAGAGGUUGUCAUUUGCCGGACAGGCUCUGCCUCCUGGCUUCCCAUCACCAUUUCUCUUCCCAGACGGCUUGUCGUCAAUAGAGACUCUCCUCACCAACAUACAGGGCCUGCUCAAAGUGGCUAUUGACAACGCGCGGGCUCAGGAGAAGCAGGUGCAGCUGGAGAAGACGGAGCUGAAGAUGGAGCUGUUCAGAGAGAGGGAGCUCAGGGAGACUCUGGAGAAGCAGCUCACCAUGGAGCAGAAGAACAGAGCGAUCGUUCAGAAGCGUCUGAAGAAGGAGAAGAAGGCCAAGAGGAAACUCCAAGAAGCUCUGGAGUACGAGUCCAAGAGGAGAGAGCAGGUGGAGCAGACUCUGAAGCAGCCCUCGCCCUCCGACAGCAUGCGUUCACUCAACGGUCAGAUGCUCCACAACUCUCUGACCCCUGAGAUGGAGAGUGACCGCAGCAGUGGAAGAACAGAUGCUGAAAGGACAAUACAAGAUGGAAGACUGUUCCUGAAAACCACAGUGAUGUACUGAUAAGGCCGCGAGGAGCUGGAGGACAGAAAAAAGAAAUUUCAGAAAGAAAAAAAAAGAGAAAGAAAAGAAAACCCAUGAAGAUUCUCAAGAGCCCUUAUCCAGGCUAAUUUAGUAGAGGAAAGAAGUCAAGCUGCUUCUAGAAGUUCAAUGGAAAUGCUGUGUUCACCCAAAUGCUGGAGGAGGUUGUGUCUGAAUGUAGAAUAAGAAGUCUUUUUCUCACAGAGGCCAACGUUAAGUAGUUUGAUAGAGCAGGUUUUGACGGCGGUCGGCCAACGUGAAGGAUAAACAUAUAUAUUGAGCACAGUAAAAAAAUGUACCCGUGGUACACUGUUGGUAAUAAGUCGUAAAUUCACAGCACUGAAGAUUUUUUAUACUGUUAUCUCAGCCGGCGAGGGGAAGCUUUCGAAAAAGAAAUUCGACUGAAGUUUUGUUUUUGUAUUUCAAAUUGAAUUUUUUGAGAAGCUCAAAACGGCGACGACGACGGCGACGGAGAUGGAGAAAGAAAAAAAAAAAAAAAAAUGUGAAUGGAUCCAUGUGUUCAUCAAAAGAGACGACUGAUGUUUGAUUUUCAUGUUUUCUAAAUUAGAUGACAAUACAAUCAAGUUUCCUUUUUACCCAUUGUUGUACAUACAAGAUGUGACGAUAGCUGAUAGGAGAACUCCGAGUGGAUUGAUAAGGUGUGUGUAUAUAACGUUAAGAGGUAUUGUGUAUGCGGUAGAGCUCGUAGGCAAACAAUACCACCAUUUAUAUAAACCUACAGUUUUGUUUUGUUCUAUUUCUGAGCCAUCAUUCUUUCCUAUAGCUGCCAUUUUGGUGAGAAAGCAUGCAGGCAUGUAAAUGUUUGUCCUGGAAUUAUGAUAUUUAAUAAAUCCUAUAUUGUGCUGAACAAAUACUAGGGUUGACUCACUUCAAGCCCGGGGCGAUUUUGAAAACAUAAUUAUCAAACAUUUCACUUUCAAAAAUGAAGACUUUUGCUGUCGAUAAUACUGUAAUCUUUGUAACAGAGGUAAUAUUUCUUGGAAUUUAACUGUACAUUUUUUUUGUCAUGAGACACACAAAUCAACGCCUCUCUAUGCUUUUAAAAAAAAAAAAAAAUAUCCAGACUAAUUAUGAUCACUUGUCAUGACACAACUUUUCGCUGAAAUCCCUGUUGAACGCACACAAACACACUUUUCUUCUCCUUUUUUUGUUUUGUUUUUUCGAGUGUUUCUUGAUAUCCUGAUGAGAAAAGAAAAAAAAA